AUGGAUGCAAAGCUAACUCUGUUUGGGCCAUCAUGCGAGGCCAGCGCAAUCAUGUUCCUGAAUCUCGGUUCGGACUCCGAGAGCAAGGCAAUCGUGCUUCGCGGGCCUGCUGGCUUCAUCCUCAAGCAGGACUGUGCUGUGGACUCAUUGGAUCUCACGGCAGCGGCCAGCGCUGUUCGCGCGCCUGUGACGAGCUGCCAGGCAGAGCUCAAUAUUGCGAGACUGGCAGUUGCUGAUCCGGGGCUGAAGGCCGGGCUUCUCUAUGCGAUUGGUAUGGAGGUGCUGACCAAUCCGCCAGGCACGCCGGUCCGAAACUUGUGGUCGUUAGAGGUUGGGACGGAAGCUUCAUCUCCAUUUCCGGGCUUCGCUGUGCAGACGUUCCCACUCCUCGCACUGCAAGCGCUCACUUGCGCCCGAGGUUUUGUGUGGCCGUCGCCACUGGCAAACCUGGUAAACUUGACCUUCCAGCCACAGACAAGCCAAUCCCUUGAAGGACAUGGGCAUGCGCUCACUAUCCGCUCUCCUCCUGGUGUUACUUUCAGCGACGGCGUCGACGGUGCUGUGCUGACCCCCUACUCGGAAGCUGAGGUUAGAGAGCACUGCAUCCAUCUGUGCUCGAGCGGAGGGUGCGAAUGGUCUUUGCAGGCCCCCAAUGUGCUUGUGAUCAACCUCCGGGAAGCCCCCAACGCGCUUCUCAAAGGUGUGCAGUACUGCUUGAGACUACGAGUCGUCGCGUUGUCAGAGCCACAAGGCACCUGGAAGCUUGAGUCCUACGAAGACCUUGGCGCAGGUAAGAAGUUGGACACGGGCGAGAUUCUCAGCUUCCAGUUGUGCGACUCGCUCGCGCACCUGGCCAUCGGAAGGUAUGAUCCCGGUGCUGGUGGCCUCACAGAACCCAACCAGGAUGCAGAAGCUUUGUUGCCAGACUUGCUGGUGUCCAUGACAUGUCGCCACGCGGUUUUGCCGGAUGAUUGGCUGCAGAUCCAGCUGCCUCCUGGAUACCUGACGGACUGCUCUGAAGUUGGCUGGCUGCAGGGAUCACUGCCAGGCAUCACGCCAGAUUGGCUCAAUGCCCGGAUGCCUGCGAAUGUUGAACUUGCCUGUACGUCUGGCGAAGUACUCUUCCACGUGCUGCCUGCAAGUACGGAGGCACUUCCCGCCGGGGAAAUGCUAACGUUGCGCUUCGCGGUGGCAAACCCGCGGAGGAGCUUCGGUGAGCAGUAUUGGCAGGUGCGUCAUUUGCGGCAAGGGGAGGUGCUCGAAGCAGGAGCCUGGCGCAGCUGGGAGGUGAUAAAGCAGCUGUCAGAGGUGUCCAUCACACUAGCAUCCGCGGCAGUGGGGCAGCGUUCCAGUGUGGUCGGCGUGAGCUUCCGAGCUGCGGGAGAUGCUGAACUGUUGAAGCUUGAGUCGACCUGGCCAUUGCAGCUUGACUUUAGCAGUGCCUACGUCAGUCGCGGCAGGCUCCAGCGAUCGGAGUCCUCCCUCGUCUUGCUUGUGAGCCUGGACAUGCAGGACCGUGAGCUGCUCGAUCUGCGAGUCUACAACGUUCAAUUGCCAAAUGUUGGUGGGCGUUGCAUCUUCCACUUGGAGACUCAAAGCCGCACCGGUAGCCGAGUGGCCCGAAAGCGGAGCAUUGACACCGGCACAAAGAUUCCAGGCCAUAUCACGCUUGGAGCCCCGAACCUGCGGAGUGAGUAUGCACCCAACCUCACACAGUCGCUGUGGCCGAUUCAACUCGGAGGCCGUGCCGUGCUGGAGAUGGAUGUGAGCUUCCCAGAGGGUUCGGGUCCGAACGAGACGCUUCGCAUGUCCUGCCAGCCCUUCACUGUCUUGCAGGGCAAUUUCCGCCUUGUGUCCGUGGAAACAGGCAGGAUCGUGCCACUGUCCUUCGAGAAGACAGGCGAUGGAACUCGGUUGGAGAUGGUGGCUGGGGAAGGUUUACACCAAGACGUUCCAUACCGAGUUGUGACUGUGGUACUGGCACCUGAAACGUUGCAACGGCGUGUUGUUUGCAGCCUGGAGGUGGGUGCAGCUGGGCUGCCACUCAGUUGGGGGUCAGCAGAGGCAGACGUGCAGCUUGUGCCGUCCUAUCAAGUUGAAGUCACUUCUGCGAGGAGUCCGCCGUUAGCCGUGAUCAGCAUUGAGCUGGCCGCAUCCUUGCUCGCGUCCUCGCCAUCUCGUUUGGCGCUGGUGGCGCCGACAGGCUUCCGCUUCACCGAAGAUUGCCUGGGCGGAAUCAGCGCGAUGGUGGCUCGCUGCUCACCGACACUGAUAAAUGAACAGGAGGCAGCGGAGCUGGUUCCAAUCAAAGCGUUCUUCACGGACGUGCAAGGGCUGAGCAUCCAGGUGCGAACUCCAGCCAAAGCUCCAUCUCAAACUCCAUGGUUGCUGGUCGGCUGGAACCAAGGUGGGGGGGUGGUCGGUUGGGGUGAGGACAAGCUGGGCAUUGACGUGCUACAGAUGCGCAGCGUAGCCAUCAUGUACCCAGCCUCUCCUGAUACAAGAUCUGAGUUGACGGUCAGGCUGCGGCUCCGUGAUGAGCUGCUGCCAGGGGGAAGCUUACAGCUGCUGCAUCCACCAGAGCUUGUUCUCAAUUGCUCAGGAGCCCAACUGCAAGAGAUCUCGCUGCCUAUCGAAGGUUGUACAGCGGAGGCAGGAUCUCUUGCACUGCAGUUGUCGUCUGGCUUGCAGCCAGGCACAUAUGCCUUUGGUGUGGGGGCGAAAGUGCCACGCGCACCUCCGAAGACGAACAUGUUUUCGCUGCUGGUGUUUGGUUCUAGCGGACUGGUGCAAGAUGCAACCACCGCUGUGGAGGGCCCACAGCUACAAAGUGAGCUGCACCUGGGCCCUCGGCCAUUGAGGUGGACCGCGGCUGAAGCUGGGCAGGCAAGCAGUGUGAUCGUGGGUUUCGAGGUGCGCCAAGAAGUGAAGCGCGGGCUGGUUGGGUCAGUGCUGAUCACGCUUGCUGAAAAUUUCAAGCACACGUUGGAGACCCCUCACGGCAUCGAAAUACUGAAUCCAAGCCUUGCGCUGUCACGCAGCCAUGGCGCGAAUGCCUGGGCAGACAUUCGGAUGGCGGACCACGUGCUCAUCCACCUCGACCUGGCCCAGGCUUUGCUGCCAGGUGACUACGAUUUCCGCAUUCCCAUCACGGUGCCGGAAGAGCUAGCUGCUUUCAACGUGUGGCAGGUGACACUGUGCAAGCCAGGGGGUACUGCUGAGCCGUGCACAGCAGAGUCAGCGCGAGCUUUGUUAACGUUUCCAGCGGCUGGUUUCAGCCUCACCUCGCAGAUGCCCGCGCCGCAGACCGGAUGCGGUGCACGUCUUUCGGUGCAGGCAUUUGGCUGCCUCCUCGUCCUCUUCAUGCUUUGA